GGUGGUCACGUAUGCCGCCGGCCACGCCCCUCCCAAGGCGCGGGCGCGCGACCGCACCGUCCCUCUGGUGCGCGCUCCAGGCUCCCCGCCCCCUUCGUGCGCGCUGCUCCCUGCGGCCGCUGCCGCCUGUAACCUGCGCCGCCAGGAUGUGGCUGGGGGCUGACGUCGGGUCCAGAUGUGGCCCCGGCCCCGCCCACCCCCGGGGCCGGUCCGCCCACACCGAGCCGCGGCGCGCACGGAGGCUGUCCCGCCUGCCACAAUGCACGGUGGAACUACGACCGCAACUUGCAGGGGUCGCGCCUAACAUCGCCGCUCGACAUCCAUGAGACAAGCCGGCCCUGACGCCGCACGCGGACCCUCUUCGUCGGAGCCCCCCAUGCGCUUACCCUCCAGUACCCGGCCAGGCGGACGCGGAGCCGCGCGGGUGACGGCAGAAGCGGCUGCGCGCCCAGCCUAGCCCAGCCCAGCCGGAGAAGAGGGCGCGCCGCGCCCCCGCCCCCCGCCGCUCUCCGGAGGCCGUGGGUGCGGAUGCGCCGCUGACGACUCCUGCGAGAGCACCGCGCGCCCGAGCCCACAGCAUGGCAGCCGCCGCCUAUGUGGAUCACUUUGCCGCCGAGUGCCUCGUGUCUAUGUCCAGCCGCGCAGUCGUGCACGAGCCGCGGGAAGGGCCUGAGCCCCGGCCCGAGGGCGCGGCCGCCGCCGCCCCCACACUGCCCCGCGUUGACGAGCGCUGCGACGGCAAGGACAGCGCCUCGCUUUUCGUGGUGGCGCGGAUCCUAGCGGACCUCAACCAGCAGGCACCGGCGCCCGCCCCCGCGGAACGCCGAGAAGGGGCCGCUGCGCGCAAGGCGAGGACCCCCUGCCGCCUGCCGCCCGCGCCCCCUGCGCCACCGCCCGCCCCAGAGCCCGCCUCCCCCGGACAAGCAGGCGCGCCGGCCGCGCCCCCCAGCCCCGCGUGGAGCGAGCCCGAGGCGGCUCUGGAGCCGGAGCCCGGCCCCGCGGGGAGCGGCGAGCCCGGCCUCAGACAAAGGGGUCGGCGGGGCCGGAGUCGCGCGGACCUCGAGUCCCCGCAGAGGAAGCACAAGUGCCACUACGCGGGCUGCGAGAAAGUUUACGGGAAAUCUUCGCACCUCAAGGCGCACCUGAGAACUCACACAGGUGAGAGGCCCUUCGCCUGCAGCUGGCAGGAGUGCAACAAGAAGUUCGCACGCUCGGACGAGCUGGCGCGGCACUACCGCACGCACACAGGCGAGAAGAAGUUCAGCUGCCCCAUCUGCGAGAAGCGCUUCAUGCGGAGCGACCACCUGACGAAACACGCGCGUCGCCAUGCCAACUUCCACCCGGGCAUGCUGCAGCGGCGCGGUGGGGGCUCGCGGACGGGCUCGCUCAGCGACUACAGCCGCUCCGAUGCCAGCAGCCCCACCAUCAGCCCGGCCAGCUCGCCCUGAGCACCCGCCGCGCCCAGACCGCGCCCCGCCCCGCCCCCUUGAUAAUAGGAAAGCUGAGUGAACUUGAGAAGUCCACAGCAAAACACUUUUCUUCACCUCAGGUGUCAAUUUUUAACAUAAAAAAAAUUGUUUUUUCAAAAAAAAUAUAUACACGACCCACAAAUUGCACAAUAGAGCUAUCCACGAAGUUGAGAUUCAGCGGUGUCGAAACCCCCCCUUUCUCAGGGAUGGACGCGGUCCACGAGGUCAGUGAGGGCACGCCUUUCUGCCGCCUUACUCUGUACAUAGAUUUGCACUCUGGAGUUUUCUGUGAGGUUGGGAAUCACACUGGGGCAGAACAGGCCAGCUGGGAGUAGAUGUGGCCACCGACAUUGUGGUUUUGCAGCAGGCCCUGAAAGGCCUGUGCCCGCUUCCUGCUACCACUCAGUGGCACCUCUGCCCCUUGGCCUGGCUUAGAGAACAGGUGGGUCUGAGGGACUGGCCACCUCACAGGGAUGCGGGAAGCCAUGACAGACCGUGGGAGCACUUGCCUGUGGAACCGUGGAGAAGGACAUCUGCCUUCUGAGGUGGUCCUGCCUGUCUACCUGCUUGGCUUUCUGCCUCCAGAAAUCCCCAGAAAAACGGAGGCCAGAUGCAAACCCUGCCUGGAUUGGCACAGUGUUGUUGCCAACAACCCAGGGAGGCGGCCUGGGCCCUGCCUGCCCUACAGAAGGCACCUGGGACCCUUCACCAUCACACCAUGUUCUCAGACUGGGAAAUAGUGCCCUGGGCAUGUUGUGCUGAAACUGCUUCCCCCAAAAUUGGUGUUGUUUCAUCCAGUUCCCCCAAGCUCCCAUGCCCUGGGCCACUGUGGCGGCGCCUCUGUUUGAAGCAGGACCAUCGUGCGGCCUCUGCCUCUCCAGUCUGUGUGUGGCUGGCUGUGCCUCUGGCAGCAGUCACACAUCCCACAGAGACUGCUGGUAGAACUCCUUGGAGCAGAGCAGCAGAUGCUACUGGGAUGAUGCUGGAGAAACAAGGAUUCUGCUUUUUUGGGAGGGGGGGGACACCAUAUGACAGUUGUGGGAAUCACCUUCUCAGAACCUUGAGUGCAGACUUAGCAAACACCCAGUUUCACCCCUGUUGUACUUCCCGCUUUCCCUCCUGUUUCUGCCUGCCCUGCCUCGGAGGACCCAAGCCACACCCAUCUGCAAGGCAGGGACAGGGAGGGGACUGCUGGGAAAACAGCUGGAGUAGAAGCCGGGCCUGACCUGUUUCUCCUGGAGUCCAGACCUGGGCUGCUGUGUUGGAUUCAGGUGCUGGGCCUCAUUGGCAAGACCGUGUCCUGGUUGCUCUUCUGCAGGUCCACGGAGGGUCCAUCUACUCCCAUCCUGCAGAGGCCCAGGCGUUUCUUCCCCUUCACCCGAGAACUGGGGCCUAAGAACAUAAGGUCCCAGGUCUGAUCGGAUAUAUAUGUGUAUGUGUGUGCGUGUGUGUGCGUGUGCGCGCGCGUAUGUAUUGAUUGGGUGGGUUUGGGAUGGAUUUGGGGUGUCUUACAGAGACCUCUCUUCAUUUUGAUAUGGAGGAUCAGCCCUUGUGACUCAGAGGGCCGUAGAUGGGCUUCCUGGGCCCAGAGUGCCUUGGUUGUGGUCAUUCUGCCUCCACCCCAGCCAGCCCUUACACAAGUGUAGGGGGGCGGCAGCACAGGAAAAACCCAGAGACCAUGCCCAGCCCAGUCUGCAGUUUCUGACUGUUGUCAUGUGGCUGCCAUGUAGACCUGGGGCACCGCUUUCUGACUACCUGUGUCAGCUUUGAGAGGCUAAUGGCAUAUGGUGGCUUCUGGUGGCACAGUAGGUGCUGAGUUGGGCUGUGGCAUUGUUGCUGCCAACAUGGUGGGUUGGGGGAUGGUCCCUGUCCUGGUCCAGAGCAAAGCUGGCGAUAGCUCUGCUUGCAUUUCAUCUGGGGAGGAGACUGGAGUAAGCAGCGGCUGGGACCUUGACUGAAGGGAACCCUGGGUGCUUGGGGUGUGGCGAUCUUCCGCGCUGAGUUCCAAAGUGUAGCCCCUCCCAAAGUCAUUUGUGUGAGGCGGAGAAAGCCACACUCUGAACACAUUUCACGUCUCAGGAAUUCACAUUCCAGAUUCAGGAAUUUUAUUCCAAAGUCCUUUGGUGCACCUACAUCUAUGGUUCUGAAGACAGAGAGAUGCAGUAGUGUUGCCCCCAAGGCCUCUUCUUGGGAAGAGCCAGCUGCCUCCGUGUGCUCUGCCUGCACAGUCACAGAAGGGGGCUUUCUAACUCAGCCACUGUCUGCACUUAGGAAGGGUAAAAAAGGACUCUAAGCCCCAUCAUCUUGGAAUAAAAGAAAGAGCUGGUUUGUUGUAGAGUGGGUUGGGGGGUGGGGGAGGGAAAGCGGGCGUAGGCUGUUUCCAAAGAGCACUUAAUUUAAUUUUUCCUCUGAAUGACCCAGGGCUGUUCCAUCUGAUGGAUGGAAGGGUAACGUUGCCUUAAAACAGAAAUAUGCAGGCGUUGGCUAUUUUUGGCAAAUGAACGUGUCUUCAUUCCCAAAGUGGUUCUCCUUUAAUGGCAGGGUGUGGUCCUUCAGCAUGGGGCCAAGACAACCCUCCUGGACCCCCCCUAUAUCAUCUGGGGCUUCGGUUCAUCUCAUCAGCGGAUGGGAUGAGGGGAGGAACAUGAUUCGACUCAUUUCCAGUGGGUUCUCAUUAGGUCCCCAUCUCGUCAUAAACAAGGGAUUCCUUCUAAGGUACAGCAGAGUCUUCCCAGCCUGGGUCUGGUGCGGGGGCUUUGAGUUUUUGCGGUUAUGGCCAUACUUUCUGGUUUCAGUUUGACUGAGAAACCUAUAGGGUGCCCAGAAAUAAUACUGAAAAGUCAAAUCCUUUUUUUUUUUAGGGACAGGAGGCAGAGAUCCCACAAUGAAAGUGCCUGAGUGAAGGAAGGGAGAGUUCCCUGUAGCAGUGUCUAAAAGGAAUUCUGGACUUCAGCCAUCAGGGGGCUGGAGUUUAGCUCAUGUCCCUCUUUGCAUCAGCCAUAUUAGGGGGUCACUGUCUGUUCCCCAAAUGCCUACUGAAUCCUACAGCCAUACAGAAAACAGCCCUUUUUCAAAGAGGGCCCUAGGUUCUCUCUUGAUGGGUGCUAUGUAGGGAUGGACAGUGAUGCCCCUGAUGGGAGUGUGGCCCUACUUGUAUCCCGCCAUGCCCCCUACCCACAGGACCUGAGGUGCAAAGUCCCCACUUCCAGCCCAUCCCAUCUCAACUUGGUUCUGAGGCCAGCACUGGGACAGACACAGGAUUCACCAGCGUGCGGCCUCCCCGGGUGCAAAAACACGCACCCUGGUGUCCCUGGUGAAGGGUGUUUAGAUGUGGGGAAGAGGGAAGAUGACAUUCUGUGGCUCCCAGAGAAAUGUGGCAGAACAGACGGGGUUACCUUUCAAGACUUCCUGUCCAGGAGGCUGGCCCUUUUCUAGCCAGAAGCAGGUGCUACGACACGCACAAGGUCACAGCAUUUCCUAGAGCUUCAUCUGGGGUCUCCACGAAGCAGGGGCACCUUCCACGUAAGACAAAUCUGAGCAAUAGCUUGGCCUCGUUUCUCACUCCUGGUUGUGGCUUUGUUUACAAGGCUAUCUAGUUUGACUUCUGACAGGUGUUACUGGUUGCUGCCCCCUCCCCCCAACACACACACACACACACACACACUUUACAAAAGGCUGUUCGGUCAGAGACAGUGCUGAAAGGUUUAUGUAUAGCCAUGUUGCGAUCAGUAAGAAAUGCUUGAUAGGUCACCCACAUCUUUUUUUGCUGUCCAAAGUUUCUUAUGUGAGUCCUGGUGGCCAUGACUUUCAAAGCUGAAAUCCAGAUGUGGACUCACUGUUUUGAAAUCAGGAUGGCACUAGGAAGAGCCAGGUCCUCUGACUAAUUUUCCUGAUUCUGAGUCUUUGAAGGUUUGUCCUGGACACAUUCCAGAGAAUUUUGUACCCAAACAUGGAUGCUCAAUCCAGCUAACUACUGAUACGGGCCUGAGCACUGCUGAGGGAGAGGCCCUUCCUCUGGCUGACCAACUGACCUCCAGUGAAAGGAGCAGAACUGGCCUGGAGGCCCCAGUCCACCAGGGAAAGGAGGCUUGCUUGGUUUCUGUUGACCCCGCCCCCUCCCUCCACCCCUCACCCCCACAGGGUUAGUGGAUUUGUCCUGGAACUCUAGCCCAGCCCAGCUCCCCUACCCCCAUCCCCCCAAUCUCACACAGCUUUAAAACUUCACUACUUUGUUUAGAAACAAACAGGAUGGCAAAGAAGACACCUCCCCCACAUCCCUGGGACUGGGCAGGAAACGUAGGUCAGGCGUGGGGGCGGGGUUCUCCCUGCUGUUUCCCUAGAGCUCCUGCGGGGGCUGCCCCCGUCUGCAUUAACAGGGUCAGCUUGUGAGCUGGUCACCUGUGGGCCAGGCUGCCCUAGUCAGAACUGAGAGCCUAGACUUCAGAGUAGCCCUUCCCCAGGAGCAGCUGGGGCCACUUCUCAGACGCUGCCUGAUCAUCUCUCCAGUGGCAGACCUGAAUUUAGGAGGACUACCCUGGUAUGUGAGUGGAUGGACCUCUCUGUUCUCCCUUGCAUACUGGAGAGGCCCCGGGUGCCUGGUGCGUUGUGACGUCAGAGCUCCUAUCCUCCUUAGUGACUGGAAAUCUCUGUUGCGGUUUUGUUGGCUAGGCCCAGGUGACUGUUUUUCAUAAAAAGCCAUCAGUGGAACUUCUGUGGGAUCCUUUGCCAAAACCCCAAGGCAAAAUCUGAGGGUCCAAGGCCAUUUCCAUCAAGUUCCAGAUUUUCUUUUCUAUAGGAACUUCUUUUUUUUCUUUUUUUUUUUUUAAGACUACCCUAGCUCCCAACAUGCUUCCAAAGGCCAUGUUCCGUCUUUCCUGGAUCACUACAGUGAAGUAUUACAGUUGUAUAGUUCCCAAUCUGGCCUUGGCUUGCUCGGAUAAAACUUUGUUAUGUAUUUUGUAAGGCAUAGAUUCUAUAUUGUAAUGUCCUAUGCAAAAGAAAAAAAUUAAUGAAAUUGUAAAUUUUAUUGUUUUAACAUGUAUGCAUGUUUA